AAUUGGGAAGGUUGCACCAAAACUUGAGCGAUAUUACCGGUACACCCAAGAUGGUGGUCUGUAGCGGCCACCCCUCAUCUCGGUCUCCAUUGAUACGGUAAUAGCUCUGUUAUUAUCUCUUAAAACAAUCAACCACCAUGGUGCUGGUGACAAUCCACGUCCGUCCUCGCGAUGGGUACAGCUACCCUAACCGGAUCAAAACCAUUACAGUGGACAGUUCCUAUCGUCUCGAGCAAGUGAUCUCUGAUUUGAAGUUGGAUACCAAGAAGGGAAUCCAUCUAUUUUCUCGUCAAGGAGCUCACGAAUUGGCGCUCAAUACAUCCUUGGCCACCAACAAUGUCCAAAGUGGAGAUAUUAUAGAGACUUGUUCCUCUCCUCUACUGGCGUCUGUCUUGUCGGCUGCGUUGACUGAUUUGAACACGGUGCAAUCAUCUCUCUUGGAAGAGGAACGAACCCGAGAACGUAUCGAGCCCCUCUUGGAUCUGAAUAGCAGUCGAACGCUGGACCCUUGGACGAAUCGAUGGAAUCAGGAUAGCAUGAAAUCGAGAAUUGUCUUUAUGGCUCUCGCCAAGAAGGUUAUUCAGCGUCAAGAUCGAUUUGCCAAUGUGAUUGUUCCACAGUGUACCACCUUGCACGAACUGUACGCAUUCUGGACCAAAUUCAUGGAAGAACAAAAACAAGACCAACAACCGAGACGAUCUCAUCAUAAUAGCAUGGCACACCUCUUCAAACCAAGUACAGCUAGGGAUGCAAGACCAACCACCUGUUGGCAGUUGCUGCAGUUCAAACUGGACAAAUUAUUGAAUCAAAUGGGUACUCCUACUAUGCAUAGCGACAACCAGAACAACAAUCCCAUUGCAUCCUGUCCUAUUGAAGCCUUUUUGGCUGCCGAAACGGCACGUCAUGAGCAACGAACCGGAGUUUCUACGCCAAGCACUACCAGCAGGGCCUCCCGAAGAAAGGCACCACCAUCCAGCGAACGACCAAACAAGCGGCGGCGAUUGGCCAUUGAAUCACCAUCGGGGCGACUCAAAGAUCAGGAUUGGAAGUGUUCUACAUGUACCACAGCUCCGGCAGACUGUCUGUGUCUGACAGAGGGAUGUCCCUUUGUCAAGAUACUCUCCUGUCUCGGAUGCUUCUCGGCCAAUCAUCCACCCUUGCAACGCAAUCACCAAUGUGUCCCAUUUACCGAUGCUCGCGCCAAGGCAAUCUUGAAAGAGAUGCAUCGACAGGGGAAACAAGAUAUAUACUGUCCACAAUACGCUUCAGGACCCUUUGCAAUCCUAUGUACAUUAUAUAGACAAAUGCAAAAGGGUCAGUUGUCACUCGAUGAAUCACGCCUCAAAGAAUUGGCACAACCCAUUUGUCGAUCCAAUUUCUACGAUCAUCAGGCACGAGGGAGAAACGCAUUUGCCUGUAUUGAAUCGCUCAUGGAGCGAGACAUGGUGAGAAUGGAACGGCUCCCUGGAAGAAGAGCCAACCAAGAGGGUAUUUACAGUCUCUUACCAACCGGAGAGGCAUUGGGUAAAUACUGCGACGUGUUUCAAAAACAGGUCUUAGCGACAGUUGGUGAGAACAUUCCAAAAGGACAACACAACAAUCCGAUUACAAUUGUGGUAGACACGCGAGAGGAUCAGACAUAUGCCAAUCGAUUCAUCCAGCGUUGUCAAGUCGAACGCGUUCCCUGUGAGCAGAGGGAAUUGCCGGCAGGAGAUUAUCUCUUCCUGGUCGACGACAAAGUUUGCCCGGUGGUCAUUGAACGAAAGACUUGGUCCGAUCUGGCAGACUCGGUAUUGGGCAAAGGCCGGCAGCAGCGACGCUUGGAUUGCGUCAAGAUUGGAUCGUCGUCGUCAAAGUGCGAGAAUGGACGAUGCCAACUGUGCAAAAUGAAAGCCAGUGGAUGCACCAAGGUCAUGUUUCUGAUUGAAGGUGCGAGAUGCGACAACCGCGAUGAUGCGCCCAAUAAAUGUACGCCCGAAAGGCGUUGUCAAUUUUGCAGAGAAAUCCAAGAUCGACACGGCAGAGAUAUUGUGCACGAGCGCUUGGAAGAAGUUUUGUUCCGGUUGCAAGUGGAACACGGGUGUUUCAUACACUACACUCGGUCAUACAAUGAAACCAUCGAUACCAUGUUGAUAAUUCGAGACGUCCUCGGUUCGAGCAUCGUGUCGACCGAGAUCAACGAAGACGACGACGUUGCUCGGGCGAUUUCUCUUUCACUUGGAAAAGCGCCAUCAGCUCACAAGUCAACCCCUUCCGUAGGCUCGCUUUCUCUUACUUUUGAUGAAUUUUCCAAAAAUGCAAGGCGCAAGGGUGAAAAUACAGCCACCCAAUUGACUGCCCCUGUUCUCGUGGAGUGGGACGACCAUUUGUUCAUCAGAGGGAUCAUUGAAGGGUCGAUCGAAGAAUCAAUUGGCAACCUUACCAGUUCGAGCCGAAGCAACGAGGCAAGCCAUUCUGCGCAUGUUGUUGAUCUAGAGAAGUCUUUUCAAGAAGCGGCCUCAUCUGCCACCACAAAAGACGAAGCCAGCGACUCGGGGGCUUCAGUCAUGGUAUUGGAUGGUGUGGAUGCACUCCGGACUGAGACGAAGAACAACGCCAAGAAAGGGUCACCACCCAAUGACGCGAUAAUCAACAUAGACAGUGACGAUGAUGAUGACCUCAACGCCUCUGUCGAAGUCGUCGAUCACAAUCCGUUCCUACCGAAAACGGAGGUGCUAUCUGACGACGAAGUGGAAGUCGUCGAAACAAAGCCUCCAGCAAAGAGAAAGAACGAACCUCACAUCACUUCGAACAACAAGAAUGUGGAUCCUGCGCCCGCCUUGUUGCUGAUCAAUGGAUUGUAUCACUAUGAUGCAGAAUUCUACAAGGACGUAUCAGCGAUUUGGAAGGCCUUAUACCACCGACAGAGAGCUGCAGAUUCUACAGACAACGAAUUUCGAUCACAGUGUGCGGUUGAAAUGCAAAAGCUGCAGUCCGCCGAGUCGCCUCUCGCGGGCCGAAGCUCGAUUCUUUUCUGGUUACUUGAUAUCCAAAUCAGGAGGGGUGUCUUUGUACAGGUGGCACGAGAGAGUAGUCAAAGGCAACGUUUAAGCUCGCUGCUGCAAAGUGCCGCUGGCGAACUUCCCUUGCUGGCUGUGGCGGCGCCUCCCGUCAAAACACCCGUAGAGGACAGGUCGAGCGGGCGUAGGCGUGGAGCUUCGUCCUCCGCCUCAAAGAAGGCUACCGGUACGCCUUCAACUCCUAUCCGAAGAAAUUCAGCUUCAUCGCCCAAAGAAGCAGAACACGUCUGUACAAUUUGCAAAAGUGCACUGGGAAAGUUGAACGUGGUAGUCACUCCGUGCAUGCAUCCCUUCCAUGAAAAUUGUCUGGCAGCGUGGCUCAGCAGCAAGUCAGGUAGCCGUCUAUGUCGAUGUCCGAUGUGCAACUAUGAUCUGACAACCUACAAGAAGGAGAAGGCAAAGACGAAAGUGCAAACGAGCGCCAAGAAACAUAGUGAACGUCCGCCACGUCCACGCGGCAACACAGAAGCGGACAGGGUUAGAGAGGCUCGAUUGGCAAGGUUUGACAACAUGCUAUCGAUCCCUGAACCUGCAGCUAGAGUUGACGCCAUGGGAAUGGGUACGCCAGUCCAGGCAAACCGCAAUGGGUGGAGUUGCGAUAAAUGUACCUUCCAGAAUGGUUUGCAUGCUAACCAGUGCCAGGCAUGUGGCUCAGCGCGUGCAAAAGAAAUGUGGAGUUGCCAUCAAUGCACUUACGUGAAUGAUCCUGAGGCUUCAGAGUGCGGAAUGUGUAACGAACAUAGACAAACAGGCACUCCCGGUAGGAAUGAUAGCGGUAGUUUUGCGUUGGACUUUGACUACGGAUCGGGACCCUCAUGCACUCCCACGCUGUCGCGAGCACGAGUCGACAUUCCCACUGCAAGUGCUAAGGCUCCAUCAACUGACAGUACAAAGAAACGAAUAAGGUGUGGCGCCUGCGGCCAAAAUGGGCACAAUCGAGCGUCAGCUACAGAGUAUAACUGUCCCAUGUAUUUUGACCAGGCGGAGAUCGAGCGUCGCUCCAAGAAAGCAGAAGAAUACAGACAAAAGGCUAGAAAAACAGAGGAGGCAAUCGACCGAAACAAAAGGGACGCCGCGGGUCUUGGCAGAAAGCUAGAAGAUGCAAAAAGAGCUGUGGCGGAGCUCGAACGAGCGGCAGCAGGUCAAGGGAACCUACAUGCAAACGAAGUAAAGCGACUGGAAAAGGAACGGAAAAGGGCAGAGAGGCAAGCCCGCAAGUACGAGUAAGUAGGUCUCCCUUUAUCUUCCAAAAACAUGUGUAGGCUUCAGGCAAGUAGGUGCGAGUUUUGGGUAACUAUUAAGUGGUUUUAGUAGUAG